UGAUUUAUAUUUUACAUUAAAAUUAAGAUCAAGUUUUUUCUUGAGAAAUUGUUGAACUUUUAGAUUUGGGAGAGGGGGAGUUCCUACAGGAAUUAUGAAUUGUUUUGACCAGUGAGAAGCUUAUUUAACAUUUUUGGAAGGAGUACCCCAAAAGUAAUGCAUCUUUUGGCAUAGUGGAAACUUGCAAUAAUGUUUUCUUGUUGUUUUUUAAUUGAGUGGGUGAGCUGCAUCUCUAUUGGAUGUUUGGCCUUUGACUUGAUUGUGUCAGCUUUUAGAAAAUAACUUUAUGGAAAUCGUCAGAUUCCAUACAAUUACCUAUUUAAAGUGUCCAUGUCCGUGGUGUUUGGUAUAUUCACAGAGUUGUGCAGCCAUUGCCUACUUCGGACGUUCUAUUGCAAUGCAGUUGACAGUAUGUGUUUUCUGUGUGCAGCCUCUGUCAUUCGGCACCAUGUUUUCAUUCAUGUUGUGCAUGUAUGCAUCGGUUGUUCCUUGUUAAUGUCGAAUAUUAUUCCAUCGUGUGGAUGGUCCACAUUUUAUGUAUUCGUUAGUCCAUUAAUAGGCAUUGGGGUUGUUUCUACUUUUUGACUGUUGUGUGAUAAUGCUGCUGUGAACAUUCAUGUACAGGUUUUUGUGUGGACGCGUCAUUUCUCUUGGGAAUAUACCUAGGCAUUUGUAUCCGCUUUUGUUGUUUCUUUUACCUACAGUUCAGAUUCCCAUUUAUGUUUGUACAGACACUUUGCUACUUGUAACUGGGGCUUGUUUGACCUUUGUUGCUGACCUAGUGACUUCUUGUGUCAUGUUGAAAGCCCCUGAGACCCUCUGUUGCCUAGAGAAACAGGCAGAAUUGCAGUCUCUUUCCUUCCUAAGACCAGAUCCCAUCUGGUGGUCAUGAAAUGGUCUUAUAAAAUAAGUACCUGUUAGAUUUUUGGUAAAUAAGUAUGUAUCUAAGCCAAAUAAAUUUUGUGUGUAUUUUAUAUUAUUUUUCUUCUCUCUGCUUCCUCUUGGGUACAUCCUUUGUUCUGUGGCCCCAGUGGCACCUAGAGUGAAUAUGAAUGAUUUGUCUAUGUUUUCCCUUCAGGCGGAAUGUUGCUUACUUGGAUUUUUUCUUGUUAAUUUUGGUUACUGAGUUGCCUGUUUUUGAAGUGAUAAAUACCUUCAGAUAGUAGGGUUGCUCUUUAGCAUUUUAAGUGUCCAAAUGAGACCUAUUGGGAUGUUUCCAUAAUUUGCAUCAAAUUCAUGUAAAUGCGCCUUAAUGAUACUAGCUAGUCUGUCUGAGCUAAAUUAUUAAUUUCAUUACUACUAUUUAAUAAAGGGGCAGGAUUUGCCAUGGUCAUUCUAGUUAAUGGUAAGAGCCCUGUAGGUCUCUCGUCAUAUAUCUAAGCUGAAUUAAGCUUGGAAAUAUUACUGAGUGCCUUGUGGCUCUAUUUGGUAACAGUCAUGCCUUUCAUUUUGAGACAGCUUAUACUUUUACACACCAGGAGACUCAUUGUGAAUUGUGAGUAGACAUGAUUCUCUUCUGGCAGUAAGGGGAUGCAUUCAGUCAGUUGAAAAUCAACAUCAUGUGGUUUGCAGGAUAGGUCUUACUUCUUUCUUAGGCAAGGAAUCUGGGAUCCAGAAGGAGUGAGCGGUUGGUUAGGAGGAGUCAGUGCCAGAGGCAGGCAGCGUGCCCUUUCUGCUCUGCCCACGCUGUGAGGACACCGGGCCGUACCUUCGCCAGGAGGAGGUCAUGCCAAGUCCAAAGCGUCAGGCCGCUCAGAGCCAAGCAGCUUUGCUGGAGCACCCACUGGUGCACUUGGAAAGUGAUUUAUCCUGUUAAAGCCUCGCUGCCACCUCAGCUGUAAAUUGGAGACAGUAGGAAGCCAUCUCCGCAGGCCUGCGGGGACCUGGCAUCUGGGCACUGAACCCUGCUGCCAUUGGUCAGAUGGUCACAUUGGGAAGCAGUUGGAAGGGUCCUGUGGUGUGCUCCUUCUGGGACCUUCUGCCACCCCCUGGAGGCAGCUUGAGCCCCUACCCAUCUCUCCCCAUCAGUGCACACUCCCUUCAGCCCUGGGCCAGCUGUGGGGCCCUCCUCUGUAGGUGCUGGCUGUUCCAGGAGGCACAAGAGUGUUGGUGUGGGACCUGCCCACUGCUCGAGAUCCCCCAGGGAGAGCCCGCUCAGGCUACGCACGGGCUUCUGGCCACAUGGGUCAGUGUCGCAGGACGGACAGAUCAGUGGGGGAAGAGUCCUCCUGCAGUGCUGCUGCCACUGGAGACUGGUGAGAGUGGUGCUGCCAUAGAGGAGAAGCCUUGAUCUCUGACUUGAAAGGCUGAGUUCUUCUGGAACUUCUGCGAGGAGUGCCCAGAGUGGCACCUAAAUACAUUAGAAGCGCUUGAUGAAAGUUCCUCUGAGGCUUUUAAACUGCUCGAGUGAGUCUCUCUGAAGCACGGUGAUGGCAAAAGGAAACCACCUCACGCUGCCUCUUUGUGCCUUCUGUCCUCAUCUCCCGUGGGCCGUAGGUGUUCCCUGUCAGGAUUUAUGCGGAGGCGUGUCUGCUGUGGCCGAAUGUGUUCAUUCAUUCAUAUCUCACAGUAAGAGGGAGAGAUGGGGGAGGAAGACUGCCGUAUUUCCUUAAAAGUUUUUCUGUAACUCGAAUCCCUCCCACCCCCAUGCGGUAACACCAUCUUUUCCAGUUGGUGUCAGUGAACUCUGUUUUGGGUACCUACAGAAGCAGUAGGGGAGGUUAGGAUGUGGCUGGAGGAUGCUGGUUCCUGGGUGUAAAUCCUGGCUCUUGCGCUUGAACUGACUGUGCCUCAGCGUCCUCGUCUGUUCGGUGGAGCCGCCUCAGAGAGGAACAAGUGAGUUGUGCGUGUGGAGCAGGUGGCUGACAUGUGGCGAGUCCUCCAGGAAUGCGGCAGCAGAAGGAACAUGUUGAGCACCGCAGAUACAACCCUGACCACCACUGCAGGACUUCUGUGCGGGGGCAGCUGCAGAACCACCACUUCAGGACAGCAUGGGAGCUGCUGGAGGUGGGGGGAGCUCAGGGAAAGGGCCUUGCUGCCAGGGGUGGGAAGGGAGUCAGUGAAGACGUCCUGGAGGAGAAGAUUCCAGAGCCUGAGAUGUGAAAUAGAGUUAGGUAGCCAGAGACCAGGCAGAGAAGGGCCAUUUUCAUCAGAGAACAGCAUAACACUGGCAGAGGUCUGACAUGUCAUUUCCUGUUACUAGAAUUGGGGAGUGACCAGUAGAUUCUUUAAUUUGUUUAUUCUUUCGUGCAGUCCUUCACCUCACACCUGUUCAGGGUCCAGUGGGGCUCUGGACAUGGGGUGGAAGGAAACCAUCUGAGCAGAGACCGCUUGGACUGUCACCUCCGUCGGGUACCAAGGCUGCCAGAGGACAGCUGUUACUUAUGGGUGGUGGUGUGGUGAGGUGGCACAAUACAGAGCUGCCCCGCUGUGUCCAUGCCCUGGCACCUCCCCGCAGUUACCAUGUGCCUUGGGCAAAUGUAGGCCUCAAGUCCCAGACACAGGCUUCUGUCAGUGGUGGUGGUGGUGGCUGUACCUGCUCCAGGCUGCUGUGAGGGAGGGACGGGCUCCGGCCACAGACAUAUGCCCUUGCAGAGGACCUCCCGCACCUGCUGAGGAUUGUGUACAGCCAUCUGGAGGAUGUUCUCCCUUGGCCCUCCCUGUAGUCCAGCUGAGUCCACAUCCUUCACCUCUUUUUAACUCUUCCUUUCUUACAGAACCUUGACCUGGAGCUGCAGUCGGGCUCGAGUUCUGCCUCCUGUGCAGUUCCAGCCGUCCUCCACCAUACAUGAUAGUGUGUUUUCCAUUAUUCUUCCUCCCAGAGCACUCGCACCCACCCUGACGGUGGUUCCCCAUGGUCAGAUUGAGUAUCCCUUAUCUGAAAUGCUUGGGACUAGAAGUGUUUCAGAUUCUGAUCUUUUUGGAUUUUGGAAUGUUUGAAUAUGCAUAAUUAGAUAUCUUGGGGAUGAUACUUAAGUGGAAAUUCUUUUCAUAUACACCUUAUACACAUAGCCUGAAGGUAAUUUUAUGCAAUAUUUUAAAUAUUUUGUGCAUGAAACAGAGUUUUGACUGUGACCUGUCACGUGAGAUCCAUUGGGGAAUUUUCCUCUUGUGGUGGUAUGUUGGUACUCAGAAAGUUUCAGAUUUUGGAGCAGUUUGGAUUUUUGGAUUAGGGAUGCUCCACUUGAAUAUCCUUUUAUAUACAACACAUGGCCAAUGCUCACUAAAUGUAUUGCGUGAAUGAAUGAAAACCAAAGGUCGAUUUACUAAGCGUGCUACUAUUUCAGAAACCUCUUUUUCCGAAUUUGAUUAUAUGGUCAAUGGUUUAAUAUUUCAAGUGCUCUGACCACGUAAUGGUUAUUACCACACUGCGAAGGUAGCUGGGUGUUCUGUGAUUGCUGCCCCCAGAGGACCUGGAAGUGCUUGCUGUACUUGCGUUUUCUGGAAUGGAAAUCAUGGCUUAUUCCCAAGAGCCCCCAGCGGGGGCUUUGAGUCUGGUGCUAAGCAGCAGAUGUGCAGAUUCCCGCAGGGCGUACCUGAGCCCCGAGAGGGGGCGUCGUAGCGCACAGCGCACUCAUUUCCGCAUUCCUACCCCGCACAGCCAGUUGUCACAGCCAUCCUCCAGUAAAAACCACAAACCAGUCAACCUCUAGGAAACAGGUAGGAAAUCUAGAAAAAGCCUCAGGUGUUCACAGCAUUCUUUAAAGAUUCUUUAAAAAUCUUUGUGAUUGGAAAGACUGCUUCCUGUGCCAGAGAGUCUCUCUCCAGCGCUUUUGCUUCUGAGGUUGGUAGCUUUCAGAAAGACUGCAAUGCAGCGGUUACCAAAGUCCUUGUUAAUAUGGAAACAACCCGUGGUGAAGCCUUUUGCUCCCCUUCAUAACUGCUGACUGUUGCCUGCAGUCGGAAGGAGGAGAUAAUGAAGGUAAUACUCCUCCGGACCUGGCAGUUUAGUGAUUAGAACGGACGCGGUUCUGUGAAUGCUGUGGCUGGCACAGGCAUGUCCGCAGCAGCUCUGUCAAGUUACUGAUGCAGUGGGCUUCCUGGGAACGUGAAGCUGAAGAUGUCUUUGCAGUUUGUGUGCGAUAAUUUUGUUUUCAUCUCUGUGUUCAGAUGGUGGAUUAUAAGAAGAUGAGGAAAAUGAGGCCCAAAGAAGUGAAGCCACUUGGUUAAGGUCCCAGUGCAGGUCAGAAUCAGAUCUAGGAUCAGAAACCUGGCUCCUGGCUCCUGGCUCUCUACUCUUCUAAGGAUCGCUGUCCUGACAGAAGAGGUAAGGGACUCCGCUACAGUAAUUAAAGAAGGAUAAGGUUGGCGUUGCUUUGCUCCUUUUUUUAUUGAAGUCCUUCCUUCCUGAUCAAGCUUCCAUAUAUCUCCUUAAAGCAUAUGACACACAGAACUCCUCUUUCCUAAAAUGGAGUCGAGUAAAAAGAUGGACUCCCCUGGCCCACUGCAGACUAACCCGCCGCUAAAGCUGCACACUGACCGCAGUGCUGGGACGCCGAUUUUUGCCCCUGAACAAGGAGGUUACAAGGAAAAGUUUGUGAAGACCGUGGAGGACAAGUACAAGUGUGAGAAGUGCCGCCUGGUGCUGUGCAGCCCGAAGCAGACCGAGUGUGGGCACCGCUUCUGCGAGAGCUGCAUGGCUGCCCUGCUGAGCUCUUCAAGUCCAAAAUGUACAGCGUGUCAAGAGAGCAUCGUUAAAGAUAAGGUGUUUAAGGAUAAUUGCUGCAAGAGAGAAAUUCUGGCUCUUCAGAUCUAUUGUCGGAAUGAAAGCAGAGGUUGUGCAGAGCAGUUAACGCUGGGACAUCUGCUGGUGCAUUUAAAAAAUGAUUGCCAUUUUGAAGAACUUCCAUGUGUACGUGCUGACUGCAAAGAAAAGGUCUUGAGGAAAGACCUGCGAGACCACGUGGAGAAGGCGUGUAAAUACCGGGAAGCCACGUGCAGCCACUGCAAGAGUCAGGUUCCGAUGAUCGCGCUGCAGAAACAUGAGGACACCGACUGUCCCUGCGUGGUGGUAUCCUGCCCUCACAAAUGCAGCGUCCAGACUCUCCUGAGGAGCGAGUUGAGUGCACACUUGUCAGAGUGUGUCAAUGCCCCCAGCACCUGUAGUUUUAAGCGCUAUGGCUGCGUUUUUCAGGGGACAAACCAGCAGAUCAAGGCCCACGAGGCCAGCUCCGCCGUGCAGCACGUCAACCUGCUGAAGGAGUGGAGCAACUCGCUCGAAAAGAAGGUUUCCUUGUUGCAGAAUGAAAGUGUAGAAAAAAACAAGAGCAUACAAAGUUUGCACAAUCAGAUAUGUAGCUUUGAAAUUGAAAUUGAGAGACAAAAGGAAAUGCUUCGAAAUAAUGAAUCCAAAAUCCUUCAUUUACAGCGAGUGAUAGACAGCCAAGCAGAGAAACUGAAGGAGCUCGACAAAGAGAUCCGGCCCUUCCGGCAGAACUGGGAGGAAGCAGACAGCAUGAAGAGCAGCGUGGAGUCCCUCCAGAACCGCGUGACUGAGCUGGAGAGUGUGGACAAGAGCGCAGGGCAAGUGGCUCGGAACACAGGCCUGCUGGAGUCCCAGCUGAGCCGGCAUGACCAGAUGCUGAGUGUGCACGACAUCCGCCUGGCCGACAUGGACCUGCGCUUCCAGGUCCUGGAGACCGCCAGCUACAACGGCGUGCUCAUCUGGAAGAUUCGUGACUACAAGCGGCGGAAGCAGGAGGCCGUCAUGGGGAAGACCCUGUCCCUUUACAGCCAGCCUUUCUACACUGGCUACUUUGGCUAUAAGAUGUGUGCCAGGGUCUACCUGAACGGGGAUGGGAUGGGAAAGGGGACGCACCUGUCGCUGUUUUUUGUCAUCAUGCGUGGAGAAUAUGAUGCCCUGCUUCCAUGGCCGUUUAAGCAGAAAGUGACACUCAUGCUGAUGGAUCAGGGGUCCUCUCGGCGCCAUUUGGGAGAUGCGUUCAAGCCCGACCCCAACAGCAGCAGCUUCAAGAAGCCCACUGGAGAGAUGAAUAUCGCCUCUGGCUGCCCAGUCUUUGUGGCCCAGACUGUUCUAGAAAAUGGGACAUAUAUUAAAGAUGAUACAAUUUUUAUUAAAGUCAUAGUGGAUACUUCGGAUCUGCCCGAUCCCUGAUGAGUAGCUGGGGAGGUGGAUUUAGCAGAAGGCAACUCCUCUGGGGGAUUUGAACCGGUCUGUCUUCACCGAGGUCCUCGCACUCAGAAAAGGACCUUGUGGGACGGAGGAAGCGGCAGAAGGCGGACGCGUGCCGGCGGGAGGAGCCACGCGUGAGCACACGUGACACGUUUUAUAAUAGACUAGCCACACUUCACUCUGAAGAAUUAUUUAUCCUUCAGCGAGAUAAAUAUUGCUGUCAGAGAAGGUUUUCAUUUUCAUUUUUAAAGAUCUAGUUAAUUAAGGUGGAAAACAUAUAUGCUAAACGAAAGAAACAUGAUUUUUCUUCCUUAAACUUGAACACCAAAAAAAAACACACACACACAUGUGGGGAUGGCUGGACAUGUCAGCAUGUUAAGUAAAAGGAGAAUUUAUGAAAUAGUAAUGCAAUUCUGAUAUCUUCUUUCUAAAAUUCAAGAGUGCAAUUUUGUUUCAAAUACAGUAUAUUGUCUAUUUUUAAGGCCUCAUCUGGUCUCUGUUUUAAUAAUUUGUUUGUCAGAAGACCCUGAAGUAUACCUAGGUCUUUUUUUUGAAAGUCUCUAAAUUCAGAAUCAUUUUUAAUUUAAAGUUCUACAAAUAAUUGUUACUGCAAACAUUUUAUUUUAAAACGCUGAUAGACUGAUAUUUCUUGGAAGAAAAUAUAAAAUAUCAAACACUGGUUAUCACUUGUGAUAGGAAAGAGAAUAUUCAACCUGUUGUUAUUUCUCGUUAGAAAUGUAAACCUUCAAUAUCUGUCGUAGUUAAUGACACGACUUCACAAUUCUGAACGGAGCCUUGCUCAUGGAUGCUGUGCAUCAUUUUCAGAUUUAUAAUUGUUUUCACCCUAAAAUAGGGCAUCCGUUGAACUUUGGAGUUCUAAACAAAAUCCUGUAGGUGUUUGGAUUCUGCCCCAUGUGUUCGGAUGAGCUCUCUGUUGCUGACAGCACCGGCCUUCGGUCUCCAUGUCAGGGGUGGGCGGGUGACUGCUGAGGGAGGCCCGCAGGCGUGUUUCUCCAUCCUGUCAUCUUGCUGCAUGCCGUCAAUGGUCUCCGAAAGCAACAUUGCGCAUAGAGCUGGUGGCAUACGGUACAUGUGCCUUAGAUGUGACAUGCUGCUUCUCCACCCUGGGUUUGCGUUGAGCAUAAUUCUAGAAAGUGCUAGUUUAACCAGACUUUUCUCUCCACCACUAGAUCUUUGUCUCUACAAGGGCCCUCAGACACCUCCGCACCUGCUGAGGGGAAGCCAGGCUCCACCGUCGGCUUCUGGAGCCUCUGCUGCUUAAUUACCACAGAUUCCAAAUCUCUAGGCCCCACGAGUGAGCCGCCUGGUCCAAGUACGGCCUGGUCCCACCCUGAGGGAGGCAGGUGUGGAACAGAAGCCGAGCCUCUCCGUGUCCCCACUGGGGCCGUGGGCACCCCCACAGCCCGAAGCAGAACCCUCUGAGCAUUCCAGAGACCGCUGCUCGGGGGCCUGCCCAGGCUGACUGAUGGGCGCUCCUGACCACCACCCUGGCGGGAAGGGUGGCCACAGGGCCCGUCGUCCCAGCCUGCGCCUGCCCGGACGGCAUUUUCUCAACUCACUGUUUACUGUCUCUCAGUGUCCAACUGUGAUUAGAAGCCUGGAGCCCGGCCCCUGCACCCCUUUUGCUAUGCACCACGCUUCAUGGUGCUCUUACCACUGAUGGGUGCUACACGCGACGGGUGCUUCUUAGGCAAAACCAAUGCGUGCGAACCGCCACACCUGUGCCACUUGCCCACAAGCCGCGCCCACAAUUGGCCAGCUGGGCCGUGCACGUCAGACUGCCUGCCUCGGCUCUCCCCGUGGCCGCGCGGGGACAGCUUGGUGGGUGCCCGGUGGCCCACCUGUCUCUGGUGCUGCCAUCUGUCCUGGGUGUGCCUUCGCCCCAGUGCCUGCUGGAAGUGCCCUCCGUCGCACCCCUGUGCCCCGAGCUCCCAUGAGGGGCCUGCCGCGCCCUUUUGCGGUCGAAGCGCUCCGUUUUUCUUAUCUGCCUUUCCUUUCCCCGCUUUCCUGGGAUUGCUUUGGGGGAAUGAGUAUCUUUGGUUCCGCCCCGUGAGGGAGCUCAUAAAGCAAGGACUUCCUGCAGGAGCUGCAGAAAACUGUUCCUUGAAGGUGUCCCCCACCUCAGGCCUGUCCCCUACCUGCCCUCAGGUAGUUUUCCUGAGGUCAGGGGUUAACAACAGGGACAUCCCUGCAACUUCCCCUUCACAAAAUGUACAAUAUUAGAUUAAGGUUAUGCAACAUCUUGGUCUGGUAAGAACCGUUUCCUCCCCUCUGGGUUGAGGGCCUGCUGUGGCCCCCGGAAGCAGCAGUGCGUGUCGCUGGGACGUCUCCAGUAGCCCUUCCCAGGCAGACGCUCCUGGGGGGACGCCAUGGGACCCCACCCAAGGGUCCCACAGACAUAACCUGAGUGACGGGGGUCCUUGAGGAUGGGAUGGCCCAUGUCACACGCUUUGUCCUUGUGUUUGGUUGUAUUGGGGUCUCUGUUCUGGGUGUGUCUUCCUCUCAUAUACUCAGCACGGGGGGCAGCAGCCUGGGACGGCGUCCCCUCUCCCAGCGGUGGGCAAGCCUUGUGCUGCUCCACCCUCAACCCCGGGGCACCCUCACUUGGCGCUCGCCGCCUGAGCCAGCCUGCGGCCAUGAUCUCCCUGUAGCUGAGGCCCAGCGGCCCCUCGGGCAGUGGCCGGCCAUCCCCGUGUCACAGGGCCCUGGCAGCAAGCAUGACACGGGGGUGCACACUGUGUGCUUGGGGGUGCUGCUUAUUUACCAAAAGUGACCAAACUCCCAGCAGGACAGAACUGUUCAGUACUUUACAGAAACCAACUGAGUCCUCUGCACGAAUUAGGCUGGUCUGUUUCCCAUCACCUUCGUAACAAAACACCGUCCCCUCUCCCCUCGCCUCGAGCAGUUUCUCCAGGACACCGUGGUUCGGGCUGCUCCCUGCUGCCAGGCACGCUGGGUGGCUGGCCUGGGCCCGGCUCACAUGAAGGGCACUGGCUCUUGUGACUGCACUGAGCCCCGUGCAAGCUGCAGCCGGGCCUGGAAGCCUGACCGUCUGGUUCUAGGGCUUUUCCAGCAGAGCCUGCAGAGCUAGAAGUUGGGGUGUGUCUUUGAUGAUAUGGGGGCCAGGCUGGGAGUAGGGCCUUUCCCGCAGGGUUGGGUGGCUCAGUGAGGGUGGAAGUGGGGGCCCAUGGGGCCCUGGCUUUGGGACUAGACGUGCCAGCUCCAGCUGGGCUGGAGGGAGCCUGAGUAGGCCCUGACAUACACUGGGCUUUUCAACUCGCCGUGCCCUGGUGACACACAGGCGGCCAGGUCAGGGUUUGUGUCAAUUCUAGGAGCCGUCAAGCAUGAAAGUGGUGCUGUCCCCUGAGCGCAAGCCUCACCAGAGCCCUGGGCGAAGGCGUGGACUUGCAGAUGUGUGUUCCCUGUGCAGGCGGGCAGAGGGGGCCCUGGAGACCCAGGUUGCAGCCCCAUUCUGUCACCCCUUCCUCCCCAGAGCAGCCUCUGCCGAGGGACGGCACCUGUGUCCCUUCCAUGCCACCACAGUCAGUUGAACAAGGAGCCCUUUGCUCAGGCAGCAGCUUCUGCCUCUCCCUCCUUUCCUGUCCCAUCCCCCAUGCCCUUCUUGGCCUGUGGUGCCCGGGGAGCCAUGGUGUGGCGUACUGGGGCUCCUGCUCCUUGGGCCACUUCCUUGGCCCGGGCCCCACAGGCCCACCGCCUGCCAGGGCUCUCACUGCACCGGCUGUGGCAGGAGGCUUCCCCAUAACCCCAUGUGGCCCAGCUUGGUGAGGAUGCAGUUCCAGGCACAGUCCCUGGGACAACCAGCUGCCUCCCAGACCACCUCAGCCUGCUCCAGGGUCCUCAGUCACCCUGGGCCAGGGGCCACAUGUCCCAUGGAUGUCGGCCAUGCCAACGUCACAUUCCAGCACCCCUUUUGCUUGAUGGUGUCUGGUGGUAGUCACCAUGGUGGACCCACAUCCUUCAGCCAGAGGUGAUGUCAGACAAAGGAAGGGUGGUCUGGAUGGGUCCUUAAACAACCAUUCUGUCCCUAGCGGGGUCAUUCCUUGUCAACCCAAGGGAGGGCCAGGGAGUACACUGAUCCCAACAGCUGGGCUGACACCUCCUUUCUCCCCUGCACAGGGAGGAUUGGCGCGAGGACUGUUACCCUGUGCACAGCUCCAGCAGGGUGGCAGUGCCACUGUCUCCGUGGGCCAUUGCAGGGUUGGGCAGGCGCAGACUCCCCUUGCGGGCCCCUUGCUCAAUUCGCAGCCCUCCCAGACUCCUCCCUGUACUGGGGGUAAUUUGUGUGUCAAAAGGGCUCCAGCAGAACUGUAAAAUACUGGUUUUAGAAAAUGUAGUGCAGAUCUUUACUUAGUAGACUGCAGAAGGAGGGCUAGGGAGAGUGCUGGGAGCCCCUUUGCUUUUGUGUCUGUGAUGAAUGAGGGUCUGUCACCCAAAUCUACUUCUCAGCCCAUGACCAUUGUUCUGUUUUCCGUUUGCAAAUCUCAGUAGCUCUGUUUUCUCCAAAGUAGAAUGUCCCCACCGGGGCCCAGGCCAGGCGAGGUCAGUGUGGGCAGGCUACUGGUCAUUAUUGCUGCCUCGUCCAGGCUGGUGCUGAUGGUCACAGGCACAGUGGCAUCAGGGAGCCGGGCCAGCAGGCGGCGUGAGGCGGGGCCCGCAGCUCACUGCAAGGGCGUUUUCCACCUGACCCAGGUGUGCCCCACAUGCGGUUGCAGGGCAGACAUAUGAAGCCUCGGCCGCCUCAGGGCUGGCAGGUGUGCGGGUGAGGAGGCCCCGGUGGCCAAGCAGAGCCUGCGUUUCAUUUCUCCUGCUGCACUGUGUCUAGUCUGUCUUGUGAGCUCUCACCGUGAAAAGAUGCUAGCAGUCCAGGGUCGCUGCACCACUCCUGUAAUUAGGUGAUGAUAGGUUUUGACAACUUAGUCCCCUCAAACAAGUAAGAUACCCCUCCAACAGCAAAUUCAGUGACUUAAUCGGAAAACACACAAGCUGGCAUGAUGUCCGGUGAUUUCUCUAAGAGAUGCCUGUGGGAGAAGGUGUGUGAAGUGUGGAGGGCAGUGUAGACGCUGCACAGCAUCUGCAGAUUUGCAACCCCUUCUCUGCCGGUGCCUCUGUGUUCAGUUCUGUUACCCAAAAACAAAGACCAAAGAAGGCCAGUCUCAUUUGACCCUAUCUUUUUAAUCUGCCUGUUUUAAAAAUUGCGUCUGUAGUAGCCGCUUGCUGUGAGGACACAUCUCGACAGUCCAAGUGAUUCUGUGACCAGUGAUUCGGGCCCUGUUUUCCGCUCUUCUAAGAAAAAAACAAAAAGACCGUCAGUGAUUGCCCAGCAAUAAUCAUGUUGUUACUGUGAGUUGGCAACAUGCCUGACUUUCUGAUAGCAUUACUGUUUUAUAUUUUUGUUUAUUGUAUAUUAUGUGUGGUUUUAUUUGGUAUUUAUUUGUGUUUUGAGGUCUUGCAAUGUUUUUGUGUUUCUGAUGCUAAUAACUAAAGUUUGUAAGACUGUAGAAUGCAAAACUCGGAGAUGCUAAACUGUCUUAUUAGAGGAAAAUAAAUCUGAUUAUGGAGUCUCA